AUGGCAACUUUUGCGCGCCCGGUCGCCUCGACCAUUAAUGGGGUUGACUUCAAUGUCUACUCCGAGGAAGAGAUUAAAGCUCUCUCGGUGAAAAGAAUUCACAAUACUCCGACUUUGGAUUCAUUCAACAACCCUGUUCCCGGUGGUCUUCAAGACCCUGCUAUGGGCGCUUGGGGUGAUCAUGUAUGCACUACCUGCCGUCAGAACUCUUUUACCUGUACCGGACACCCCGGACACAUUGAGCUCCCAGUUCCCUUCUAUAAUGUUACAUUCUUCGAUCACAUCUUCCGCCUUCUCCGAGCACAAUGUGUGUACUGUCUUCGCUUGCAGAUGGGUCGCAACCAGGUCAACAUGUACACCUGCAAAUUGCGCCUGCUGCAAUACGGCCUGGUUGACGAAGUCGCUAUUGUCGAUGCGAUGGGAGCCGUGAAAGGUGCCAAGUCAAAGUCCACCAAAGGCAAGGAUGACGAUUCGGACGACUCAGAUGACCCUGAUGAUGAUGACUAUAUGCAAAAGCGGUCUGAGUAUGUCACUCGGCGCAUCCGCGAAGCCAAGAAGGAAGGCAAAGUGGAUGGAUUGAUGGCUGGCGGGCAGAAUCCUAUUGCCGCUGAAGCUAGACGAGAGUUGAUCAAGGCUUUCCUCAAGGAUAUCAACGCAUUCAAGAAAUGCGCUAACUGCAGUGGAGUAUCCCCCUCUUAUAAGAAGGAUCGAUACAACAAAAUCUUCCGAAAGCAACUUUCUGAGAAGCCGAAGCUUGCGAUGGCGCAAGGAGGAUUCCAGGCACCGAAUACCAUGGUCCUCCUCGAGCAAGAGAGAAACUCCAAAUCCAAGCAGAACGGUGUUUCUGAGAUCCAUGGAGCCGAGGAAGAAAUCCGCCGUGGGGUGGCUGUCGUGCAAGAGGUACAAGGAUCCACCGGCCAAGAAUUCAUGUCUUCCUCUGAAGUCUAUGCAGCUCUUCAUCUGCUGUUCCAGAAAGAAAGCGACAUCCUGCAGCUUGUUUACAACUCUCGGCCUGUGCCCAAGGGAGUGAAGGUUGUAUCAGCGGACAUGUUCUUCAUCAAGAGUCUCAUGGUGCCGCCAAACAAGUAUCGUCCUGCAGUCCAGCAGGGUGCCGGAACAGUAAUGGAGGCACAGCAGAACACUUCCUUCAAUGCGAUUUUGAAGGGAUGUGACACUAUCAACCAGAUCAGCAAGGAGAUUCAAAACGAGGAAGAGAAGACUAUGUCUCGGGCACGGAAUUAUAGUGAUCUCCUUCAAGCUAUCGUUCAGCUUCAGGAUGUGGUCAACGGCUUGAUUGAUCGCGAUCGUACCUCAGUCACCGGCUCAGCUGCCCUGUCUCAGCCCAACGGUAUUAAGCAGAUUCUGGAGAAGAAGGAAGGUCUGUUCCGAAAGAACAUGAUGGGUAAGCGUGUCAACUUUGCUGCUCGUAGUGUUAUCUCGCCCGAUCCCAACAUUGAACCCAAUGAGAUUGGUGUGCCUCUUGUCUUCGCCAAGAAGUUGACUUUCCCCGAGCCUGUCACAAAUCACAACUUCUGGGAGUUGAAAGAGGCUGUUAUCAACGGUCCCGACAAGUACCCUGGUGCUUCUUCUAUCGAGAACGAAAACGGUCAGGUUAUUAACCUCAAGUUCAAGAACCUGGAAGAGCGAACAGCACUUGCCAACUCACUGCUCGCACCAUCAAAUUGGCGCCAGAAGGGUUCGCGCAACAAGAAGGUCUACCGUCAUCUCACCACCGGUGAUUACGUUCUGAUGAACCGUCAACCAACCCUGCACAAGCCCUCCAUCAUGGGUCACAAGGCCCGUGUGCUCCCCAACGAGCGGGUCAUUCGCAUGCACUACGCUAACUGUAACACCUACAACGCCGAUUUCGACGGUGAUGAAAUGAACAUGCAUUUCCCUCAAAAUGAGCUGGCUCAAGCCGAAGCCAGAAUGUUGGCAGACGCUGAUCACCAAUAUCUCGUUGCCACCUCAGGUAAACCACUGAGAGGUUUGAUUCAAGAUCAUAUUUCAAUGGGAACUUGGGUUACUUGCCGUGACAGCUUCUACGACGAGGAAGAUUAUCACCAGCUUUUGUACAGUUGCUUGAGGCCAGAGCAUUCCCACAUCGUCACCGACCGCAUUCAACUCGUUGAGCCCGCUAUGAGAAAGCCUAAGUGCCUGUGGACCGGAAAGCAGAUCAUCACCACAAUCCUUAAGAACAUCCAGCCCUCGGACCGUGGAGGCUUGACAUUGAAGAGCAAGUCUUCGACUCCUGGUGACCGAUGGGGUGAGGGCAACGAAGAAGGCGAAGUCAUUUUCCAAGACGGAGAGUACCUGUGUGGUAUCCUCGAUAAGAAACAGCUUGGUCCUACUGCUGGAGGUCUUAUCGAUGCUAUCCACGAAGUCUAUGGAUAUAGCAUUGCUGGAAAGCUCAUCGGUAUUCUUGGAAGACUCCUUACCCGCGUUCUGAACCUGCGGGCCUUCAGUUGUGGUAUUGACGAUCUUCGAUUGACCAAGGAGGGUGACCGUAUCCGCAGGGAGAAGUUGGCCACCGCUCCUCAGAUGGGUCGCGAGGUUGCUCUGAAGUACGUGACUCUGGACAAGGCUCCUGGUGACCAGACUGCCGAGUUGAAUAGACGGUUGGAGGAGGUUCUUCGUGAUGACGAUAAGCAAAGUGGUCUGGAUAGCGUUUCUAACGCACGUUCUGCCAAGCUUUCUUCUGAAAUCACCAGUGCCUGUCUCCCAGCUGGCCUUGCUAAGCCUUUCCCCUGGAAUCAGAUGCAGUCUAUGACAAUUUCUGGAGCCAAGGGAUCCGGUGUCAAUGCCAACCUUAUUUCUUGUAAUCUUGGCCAGCAGGUUCUUGAGGGUCGUCGUGUACCCCUCAUGAUCAGUGGAAAGACUCUUCCAUCGUUCAAGGCCUUCGAAACCCACCCCAUGGCUGGUGGUUACGUUUCUGGUCGUUUCUUGACCGGAAUCAAGCCCCAGGAAUACUACUUCCACGCCAUGGCUGGUCGUGAGGGUCUGAUUGAUACUGCUGUCAAGACUUCUAGAUCCGGUUAUCUGCAGCGUUGUUUGAUUAAGGGUAUGGAAGGCCUGAAGGCUGAAUACGACUCCUCUGUCCGUGAGGCAUCGGAUGGCUCCAUCGUCCAAUUCUUGUACGGAGAGGAUGGUCUCGAUAUCACCAAGCAGGUGCAUCUCAACGACUUCGACUUCCUUGCUCAGAACCACAUCUCCAUCUCUAAGCAAGUUCAAGCUGAUGAUUACCACAAACUGGCCAAGGAAAGUGUUACCGAUUGGCACAAGGAUGCCAUGAAGGCAGUCCGCAAGACCGGAAAGAUUGAUGCUAUGGACCCUGUGUUGUCUCGCUUCCCCCCUGGAGGAAACCUGGGAAGUACAUCUGAAGCCUUCGCUCAGGAGCUCAAGAAGUAUGCGGAUGUCAACAAGAACAAGCUCAUCAAAGACAAGAAGAAGAACAUUGAGGGCAAGGUCACCAAGAAGACCUUCGAGGCUUUGAUGAACAUGAAGUACAUGAAGUCUAUCAUUGAUCCUGGUGAGGCUGUUGGAAUUAUGGCCGGUCAGUCCGUUGGAGAGCCGUCCACACAGAUGACUCUCAACACUUUCCACUUGGCUGGUCACUCGGCUAAGAACGUCACACUGGGUAUUCCCCGUCUACGUGAAAUUGUUAUGACUGCAAGUGCCAAGAUUAUGACCCCUACGAUGACCCUUCUUCUGAAUGAAGAGAUUUCUACGGAGGACUCGGAGAAGUUCGCUAAGGCCAUCAGCAAACUCAGCAUUGCUGAACUUGUUGAUAAGGUGCAAGUGAAGGAACGCAUUGGCUCUGGCAUUGGCCACUCCAAGGCUAAGAUCUACGAUAUUGAUAUCGACUUCUUCCCGUCCGAAGAAUACACCAAGGAGUAUGCCAUUGAGACUAAGGAUGUCCUGGUUGCUCUGCAAUCCAAGCUCAUUCCUCGAUUGGUGAAACUCACCAAGGCCGAGCUCAAGAAGCGCAACGAAGAGAAGAAGGGUGUCAAGGGCACAACUUCUCAGCCUGAAAUUGGUGUCUCGAUCGGCAAAAUCGCCGAGGCACCAAGAGGCGCUGACUCUGAGGCCCAGCCAGCUGACGAUGACAACGAAGAUGAUGAAGAUGAUGCCAAGCGGGCCGCCGGAGCUCAGAACCGGGGCAACCAGGUCUCAUACGAAGGACCCGACGAUGGCGAGCAGGAAAUCAUCAGACGUCAGGACACCCCCGAUGAGGACGACGAAGAUGAAAUCAGCAAGCCUGCCAAGAGCACUCGCGACGUGGAGAUGCGGGACGGUUCUGACUCUGAGGAUGACUCUGACGACGAGACCGCCCAAGACACCAAGGCGCGCGAGGAUGAUGUUAUUGGCAAGUUCGAGGAGAUCACGAAGUUCAAGUUCGACCCCAAGAAGGGCAACACCUGCAAUAUCCAAUUGCAAUACGACGUCGAGACCCCCAAGCUUCUGCUUCUUCCCCUGGUUGAGAAGGUUCUCCACCUCGCUGUCAUUCAGUGCAUCCCCGGCAUGGGCAACUGUGUCUACGUCGAGGCCGACGAGGCCAAGGGCGAUCCCGCGAACAUUCUCACCGAGGGUGUCAAUCUCCUCGCUAUGCGUGACUACCAGGAUAUCAUCAAGCCCCACUCCAUCUACACUAACUCCAUCCACGACAUGCUCAACCUGUACGGUGUGGAAGCUGCUCGCGCUACUAUCGUCCGCGAAAUGGAUGCCGUUUUCAAGGGUCACAGUAUCUCCGUUGACAACCGUCACUUGAACCUGAUUGGUGAUGUGAUGACGCAGUCCGGUGGCUUCAAGGCCUUCAGUCGUAACGGCUUGGUCAAGGAUGCCUCGUCCGCCUUCGCGCGUGCCAGUUUCGAGACUACUGUCGGCGCCCUGAAGGACGUUGUGCUCGAGCGGGGUGUCGAUAACCUCAAGAGUCCCAGUAGCAGAAUCGUUGUUGGCCGUGUCGGUACUGUCGGCACUGGAUCCUUCGACAUUCUCGCUCCUGUCGCAUAG